AUGGAGGAUUGCAAACCUCAGUGUUUCAGUCCAUCGUUGCUGCUGCUUCUGCUGUUCAUCACGAUACCCGUAGCCGAGACGAAUAUUCGAUUGUGUGGCGUGCGACUGACUCGAACUCUUAUGUCCAUAUGCAGAAAUCAAUUAUGUGGUGGAUUCGCUCAGGAAAAACGUACUUCCAUUUCAGGAUCUUUCUCGUGGCAUGAACCCCAACUGGAGCCUCUGCAUACGUCGAUGAAACGAUCAGGAAUUGCUACUGAAUGCUGUGAAAAUCGAUGUUCAUUCAGAUAUCUUCUGACUUACUGCUGUAAUACGUAA